AUGGGUGCACCGAACCCCUCAUACGUUCUCGUCACGGGCGCCACGGGCUUCAUCGGCGCCCAUGUGGUCGACAACCUUCUCGCCCGCGGCUUCUCCGUCCGCGGGUCAACACGAUCGGCUUCUAAAGGCGAGCAAAUGAAAGCCGCCCGGCCACAAUACGCUUCUAAGCUAGACUUUGUGGUCAUAGAAGACUUUACGCAGAUUGGUGUGUUUGACAGUGUCAUGGAUGGAAUUGACGCAGUGAUUCACGUCGCCAGUCCAUUCUUCUACAACACAACGAACAACGAACAAGAACUCAUUCUUCCCGCUAUAAAUGGUGUCAAAUCUAUUCUCUCGGCUUCAGCGAAGCCAACCAGUCAAGUCCAACGCAUAGUCCUAACCUCCUCGUUCGCUGCUGUCGUCGACGUAAACACCACCCCUCCUCCAGGCUUCUCAUACACAGCCGCCGAUUGGAAUCCACUUACCUAUGAAACAGCAGUUUCCCCAGACUCAAACUCAGUAAUCGCAUAUCGCGGAUCGAAGAAGUUCGCGGAAUUAGCCGCGUGGAAUUUCAUCAAGAACGAGAGACCACAAUAUGAUCUCGUCACACUUUGCCCGCCUAUGGUGUUUGGUCCUGUCGUUCAUCCCGUUCCUAGUCUUGAUCAGCUCAACGAGUCGAACGCGCAACUAUGGACCGUCGCUGCGGGCGUGGAUCCGCUUCCGAGGGCACGAGUGCCUGCCUGGAUUGAUGCGCGUGAUCUUGCCGAAGCCCACGUCCAGGCUCUUCUUACUCCGGAGGCAGGGGGAAAGAGAUUCAUUCCUGCUGCACCUGAGCCAUUCUCCUAUGAGUAUGCGGCUGAUAUUAUGAAAGAGGUUUUUCCCUGGACGAGGAAGUCUGUGACUAGCAAUUAUGAGAGUGGAGGGAGGCCUCGUGCGGAGUAUGGUGUUGAUGGAGAGACAGUUGCGACGGAGCUGGGUGUUAAGUAUCGGACCUUUAAGGAGACAGUGAUAGAUUUGGUCGGACAGGUGAAGGAAACACUUACUUAA